AUGAGUUUCGCUUUCGGCCAGGCCCAGUUCAUUGCAUCUCUGCUUGAGUCGCUCCUAGAAACUAUCAUAGGCGCUACCUGUCAGGAAGAUGUGAAUGAGUGUGAGAGGACGCCUUGCAUGCCUGGAGUCCAGUGUUUCAACAUCUUCGGCUCCUACAGGUGUGGAGGCUGCCCCCACGGCAUGCUGAGAGAUGGGACCACCUGCACAGCACCUGUACGAUCGAUCCUCAAUGUCCCCAGCAUUGGACCCACCACUGUCCCUACCACCACUACCACCACCACUACCACCUCUAAGACCUCACCCAAKAACAGACCAGACCAACACAAUCAACCCAGGAUGGACUCUGGCAGACCUGGAAUCCCACCGACCAAUAAGCCUGGACUCACAAAACCAACAUGCCUGGACUUCCAGAGACCAACAGGGCAGCUGCCAAGGCCCCAGCAAAAACUGGCAAGCCUAGAGCUAUCAUCCCAUGCAGGGAACAACAACAAUGUGACAGAUGCGUGUGCCAGCCGACCGUGCUUCCUGGGGGUCCAGUGCAUCGACCGACGUCCACGCUACGCGGGCUACGUCUGCGGGCGCUGCCCACCGCCCCUCAAUGGCAACGGACGCACCUGCAUCAAAACCGCUCGAGGUAACCCUCACCUGACCCAGCAGCAGCUGACACUAGCCAAGAGCAGKAAACCCUACCACCACAGCAACAGUAAAGUGUCCCAACUCCACCUUCCCACCUUGCCCCCCAGGCACACAAUGAAACGUCUCUCCUCCCUCUCCUCGCCAGUCUCCAGGGGAGCCUAUCAGAGCCCCCCGCACCCUCCCCUCUCACCCGCCCGAGGGCCAAUCACUGGGUGGAGAGAGGCGGCCACGCCCCAAUUUCCUAGACACACCCCUAUGUCACCUGAAGGUUCCCACAGCCUUACCACAGGCAGUCAUCAUUCCAUCAGUGCCUUCACUAGGACUCGUGCCAAAACAGGUACCAAUGCCAGCGCUACCACACUCAAGGUGACAACCAGAGAGUCUGCAGCUGUCGUGCGGAGUGCCACCACUUCCAAGGUGACUCCUCCAUACUCCAAGGUUACACCAACCCAAUCCAAGGMGACUCCACCCCAUUCUUCAGCCAACACAGAGUCCAGGCAGACAAGCCAGGGGAAGCUCAUAGAUGUGGUAGUGGUGCCCACCUGGACCAAGCCCUGGACCCUCCCUAAAGCUGUGGCCCRGCUGACCGCAGCCCUAUCCUCCCUUACCUACUCCCUUUCCGAGUCCGAGUUCUCCGCCGACGGAGCACUGACGGGGCCUGGCURGAACCCCUCUGACCUACCUGACCACCACCAGGAACCCCUGCUCUCCCUCACCCUCACCACCUCUGUCCGAAAGUACCACCACACCCCCCUUACUCCCCCCUCCACAGGGCCACGUCUCCCCACUUCCACCGUGGGACCAGGAUCAGUGAUAGUGUGGCAGUGGAGCGGGAGUGGCCUCUGACCUGAGCUGACAUGCCCUGUUUCCCAGGGGUCCCCUGUGAACCCACCAGGGACGGGGGUUUCCACUGUGGAAGGUGUCCCCUGGGAUACACCGGAGACAGACAAACAUGCAGAGCUGUGUGCAGGCAUGCGUGUGGCAGGAACAUGGAGUGUGCCGCUCCCAACACAUGCCGCUGUAAACCAGGCUUCGCCGG